ACAUGAAGACAUUCGUCUUGUUUAACCUCCUGCUUAUAUGCAGCGUCAACGAUAUUGCAGGUUCCUCGAUCACCGAUGCCAUCAAACAAGGGAUAGAUAAUAUUGAAAAAGGAGCAUCUGCUGUAGGUGACUUAUUCCAUGAAGUGGCAAAUGGUAACCAACCUGCAGGUCAAAAUGAAUCCGAUGAACAAAUAAUAAACGAUUUGAAAAACAUCGCAAUUUUCAACCUUUACACCAGAGACACUGCGGAGCAACCAGAACAAUUGGUCCCAGAUGACGUUGACCAAUUACUGAAUAGUCACUUUGAUCCUAAUAAAUUAACGAAAAUCGUUACGCACGGAUGGCAAAGUUCCAGUAACGAGGAUGCGGUUGUCUUGGUCCGUGAUGCCUUCCUUAAACAUGACGACUGUAAUGUUAUCACUAUCGAUUGGAGCGCAAUAGCAGAUGGGGAUUAUCUUCGGGCCAGUAACAACGUCUUGAAGAUAGGCAAAUACACCGCUAUCCUGAUUAAUCUUCUCCAGACAGAAGGAUUGGAUCUAAAUAACCUGACCAUUGUUGGUCACUCUCUUGGAGCCCACAUCGCCGGACUAGCAGCCCGUUACACGAACGGCACAGUGAACUAUGUGGUCGCCUUAGAUCCGGCACUUCCUAACUUCCCGCAAAGAGAUAGUAACAACAAGCUGUCUCAAGGGGACGCCAGAUACGUGGAAGCAAUCCAUACAAACGCGGCUUUGGCUGGUUUCAAAUCACAGGUCGGCGACGUUGACUUCUACGCGAAUGGUGGUUACUUACAGCCUGGUUGCUCGCUUAGUUUAUCCUGCUCGCACGGUCGUUCCUACGUGUACUACGCAGAAUCUAUCAACAGCGAGGUGGGUUUCUGGGCGGUGAAAUGCAGCGAUUUCGUCGACUUCAAUCUAGGCAAUUGCAACUCGAAUGACAAGGCUCUUGUGGGAGGCGUCCAGCCGGACUACAAUGUCUUGGGUACCUACUACUUCAAUACGAACAGUAACCCUCCGUAUGCGUUAGGCUUAAUUUAAGCAUUCCGCCAAUGCAUUCAGCUAAUGUAUCAUAAAUGAAAUAUCUAUAACAUGCUUAUAGUUAUACGGUUUGUAGAAACGGAAGGCCAUGCAAUUGAUUCCUGUUACAUUUUAACUUAGUAUUGUUUCAUUGGUUCGAACUGUUCUAGAUUAUAGAAAUGAAAUAAAGGAAUUUGUUCACAAA